CAUUUUCACAUUCAGAUUGAUCUAUUUAAACUGCAGCUCAUACCCUCCGAGUUUAAAAUCGUUUACAUUUUACUAGUUGUACAAUUACAUUGAGUUGUAGUUUCGUUCGUUUUAUUCAAUUUUAAAUAAGCCUUUACAUUUCAACAAAAUGAUUAAAUUCGCACUCGUUUCAUUAGUCUGCAUUUCCGUAGUAUCCGCACAACUCGGAGGACUCGGAUACGGUCACGGUGCUGGUGGUAUUGGUGGUGGGGGUUACCAGGGUGGUGGCGCAGGCGGUUACCAACAAGGUGGCGGCGCCGGCUACGGCAGCCAAGGAAGCUCAGCCGGAGGACAAACUGGUUAUGUACAUAAAGAAACUAGCAGCUUCACCGCAGGUGGUUCACAGGGUGGUUACCAACAAGGUGGCCAAGGUGGUUAUCAACAAGGUGGUCAAAGUGGAUAUGGUCAAGGAGGCUUUGGAGGACAAGGUGGUGGUUUUGGAAAGUAAACUGCCCUUUCGAUUCGAUCAGUCAAUUUUGCAAAUAAUGAUCAUGCCUGUAGUUUUAAGACUGUUGAAUAAUAUUAGUUCUUGACCAGAUUGAUUUUAGAUAUACCUACCUAUGUUUAUUUUGAAUAGAUAAAUAAUUACUAGUUUAAUUUGCAUAAAAUGUUCACGAACUGGAACGUUAGUUUGCUUUUGUAAAAAUAUUAUCAAUGAAUAAAAUUCCAUCUCCCAGAGUCUCACCAAA